AUGUCCGAAAAGCGUUUUCAAUUUUUACUAAGAUGUAUUCGUUUUGAUGAUAUUCGUGGUAGAGAUGAAAGAACUAAGGUGGAUAAAAUAACACACAUAAGGUGGGUAUUUGAACAUUUUGUUGAUAAUUGUAAGAACGCAUAUUCAGUUUCGGAAUAUAUAACAAUCGAUGAAAAACUACAAGCUUUUCGAGGCCGUUGUAGUUUUAAAAUGUAUAUUCCUAACAAACCAGCGAAAUAUGGUAUUAAAAUUUUUGCUGUAUGUGAUGCCAUAAAUGUCUAUACAAGUAACUUGGAGAUAUACGCUGGAGUUCAGCCAAGUGGUCCAUUCAAACUUGAUAACUCAGCAUCAAGUGUAGUGAAACGGUUAGUACAACCAAUUAGAAAUACUGGACGCAAUAUUACAACUGAUAAUUGGUUCACUAGUGUACCACUUGCAAUUGACCUAUUCAAUAAUUACAAACUUACUCUAGUAGGAACAAUUCGAAAAAACAAACGACAGCUUCCAAUUGAAUUUACAUCUACAAAAAGUCGUCCUAUUUACACGUCUUAUUUUGGUUUUAGUGAAAAUAAAGUUACAAUCGUCUCAUAUACCUACCCCUAA